UUCUUAAAAGGAGGCGGAGAAAGGAGCGAGAGCAGAGUUAGGGUUUGGGUUUUGGGACCGAAGACGAGGGCGUUUCUGGGUCCAAGAUUGAAUUGAGGGGUUUCGAUCCAAUUUUAUGGAAUCAAGGACUCUGGGUGUUGGAUAUCUGAGGUCAAUUUGAUCCACUUUGCUCUGCUCUGUGUGGUUUGGUCCAAUCAAGUUUCCGGUUCGAACCGAUAGGAUCAAGAAUUUGGGGAUGAAAUUAAUCAAGGUUUCUUCAUGUAUUGUAGGGGUGGUUCUUAUUUUUCUACUGGUGUAGACUGCUUCUCAAAGAUUGCAUUUUCUUUUUAUGGAGUAAAACUUUGGUCCUUCAUGAGGAAAGAAUAAAUGCUAUUCAAGUCUCUCUUUAUAUAUACAGAUGUAGCACUAGGAUGAAGGCAUAACAACACUGAUUCAUCUGGCUUCGGCUUGAUGGAAGGGGCUGUCAUAUGGCCCAGACGUAUUACCAAGAAAGGCCUAUCGAAGCAGACAUUGACUAUGUAUAAGCAUGGUUUUUCUGACCCAGUCGACAUUUCACUAUUGGUAUUCAUAACCCUCUUGAAGGAAUGUCAUUUAACGGUAGUGGUAUUUUACCCUCAAUCACUAAUUUCACCGUCUCUAAGCACUUAAUUGUGAUGUCUUGUUGUACAUAAAUGGACCUCAUUUUCUCAGGGCUUUUUUGCCGAGGAAAUUUUUUUUUUUUGUUCCUUUUUUUUUUUUUUUCAGAAGAUAUAUAAGCUUUAAGACUCUGAUCACUGUGGGAUUCCACACCUGUACAUUGAUGGACUCUUUAACUGUUCCUAGAUUCAAACAUGAGGACAUGCUUUUUUCCUCAUACCAAAGAUUUGUUUCUUAUACAUUAGCUUGUCAGGUACACCAGAUGAUGGGCAUUUACUCAAUCACUAGUUUGCCUCCACAUGAUGUUCGUUUUGCUUUUGUUCCACAUGAUAGUCAUUUAUCCAAUCACCAGUUUUUUUGUUGCAAAUCAAAUUAUGAAUAUGUUAUUGAUCAACUUAUUCAAGUUGAAAGCUUGAGACUAGUUCAUCUUCCAAUUCUAUUACCCAUUUGUAUAUAUGCUCGUCUCUCUAUGUAUUACUUCUCUCUUGGUCAUUUUUAUUGUCUUUCUUGUACCCUUUGAUGAGAUAUAAUCAUUCAUUAGGUAGAUUGUGUGCACCAAUUUUGUGAUUUUCACAAGUGUGGACUUUCUGGAAAAUAAUUGGAUACAAGUAGCAAAGUUGUUAUUCAGCUGUGAGGUUACUUAGGACUUACAACACUUGAUGCACCAGUCUUGUGCUAUUUAUGUUCUUACUUGUCAAAAUGCUACAAGGAUUAGUUUGAACAUAAUCUGUUUAGUUGGUAAGCUUUCUCGACGUUUCUCUUAACCUUUCAUACAUCUACAAUUUAUAGCUAGGUUUCUCUGUUAUGUAUACAAGACUGAGAGUUCACACUUUGAAUUGCAACAUGACAACAAUAUAAAGUACUCCUCCUUCUCUGUUUACAACUUCAUUUUUUUUUCUUUAUAUAUAGACUCUGCAUCUUCUCUCUGUUUCUUUCUGCAUAAUUAAUUUGGCUCGAAACUCUUCGAAAAUGCAAUUCUCUCUCUUUGUUUCAAUUGUUUCUUCAUGGAUUCUCUGUUCCCAGUUAACUCGAUCGCUCUCUGUUUUUGUGUAUGCUAAUUAAGGAUGGCCGCCACCAUGCACGCCAAGAUGAACCGCAGGAAUCUCAACCAGAUCGACCUCAUCAGAAUCUGCGAAGAGAUUCUGAAUCCAAGAGCUCCUAUGGCUCUCCGACUCUCCAGUAUUCUCAUGGGUGGAGACGUCAUCGUCUACGAACGUAAAGUGAAGCUCCUAUUCGAUGAUGUGCACCGUCUUCUGGAUGAAUUAAACGAAGCAUGGAAGAAGGUGAAAUCCAACACAGACUCCACUGUCCUCCCCAAACGGAGAGCUCAGGCCAAGAAAGAAGCAAUAACUCUGCCAGAGGCUGAGCAUCAAGAUACAGAUCUUGUUGGUGACAUCGAGCAGUCUCUUGAUUUCUCUCACCAUGCCACGCUUUUCCAGCAGCAAACCGGCUAUUUUCUCAUGCAACUGGAUAGUGUAGAUGUGGGAGAACCACUUAACGAUAAUGCAGCGGAGGGAGAUCAACCUCGGAACUUACAUCAAGCUGAUCCUGAGGAUAUCACAUUGCCUAAAUGUUAUGAUCCAUCAGAUGCACUUGCAGAUUUGUUCAACCCUCGCUUUGAGAGAUUUGAAAUUGAGGGAGAUAACGUAGACCUCACAUCAGGAGAGCCCACACACAUUCGACCACCUUCUCCAAAUUAUCUAAUACCUUCUCCACCUCGUCAAGACCAGCAUCAGGAAGGACAGCAGGCUAAUAAUGUGUUUGAUGAAGUGGUGCAGAUGCAGGAUGUUCAAGAGAAUGCUCAACAGAGGCAGAGGCCUAUAAGGAGGAGAAAGAGAAAAACACCAGGCUCUGUAAUGGAUAAUGACCAAACAAUCCAUCCUGGACAUGUGUACCAAUCUUGGCUUCAAGAUACUUCAGAUAUAGUUUCAAGAAGAAGAAGAAACCAGAAGCCCAAGAACAUAAUGUCUACUAUGAAGAUUGGUAAACUCAUGGAGCAGCCAGCUAGUGUUCUCAUGGGUCGUUUAUUUAAACCUGGAAGUGGAGAAACAUAUUACCCAGCUCCUCUCUUAGAGCUAUUCAAGGAAAAACAUACCCAUGACUCACCUUCUGCAUUCACCUCGCCACCUCUGCCUCUAGAACCAUCAUCAUGGUCACCACCUGGAAGACAAACUUAUCAAGGUCACCACCUGGAAGACAAACUUAUCAAGACCUGCCUGUUGAAGAUUUUCUUAGGGGAGGUGACUCCCAAUCAUUUACAUGAACCGCUGGAUGAUCUGCGAGCCAAUCUUAUUGGCAAGAGAGGAGCUGAUGCCAAUCUGGCAACACCAAGAAAUUCUGGAGAUGAAAGAAGAUCCGUCCUGAGCUCCUCAUCUGGGAAGGCAGUUGACAAAAACAGUUCAGUAGUCAAUUCAGGACGGAAAAGGCGUUAUUCAUCUAAACAUAGCAACGACGGACUUGAACCAGUGUCGGAGGAUAAUGGAUAUCAUCACUCUGAUCCAAACUUCAAGGUAUCAUGGUUAUCUGGAAAUGGCCCAACACCUGAGCAAGAACUAUUAAUGGAAACUGGACCGACACAGACACAACAACCUAUCAUCAAUCAGCCACUGGAAAAAGUGACUGAUGCAAUUCGAAUGGAACUGAAAUCCCAUUUUGAAAUAGCGGGUGGCCCUCAAGUAGAAUCCCUGAACAACCUGACUGCUGGACUGAAUCGAAGAGGAGCGGCUUUGCUUUUCUAUCAAACUUGUGUUCUUGCUACUCGUGAUUUCGUAAAAGUUAAACAAAAUGCCCCUUACGAGGAUAUUCUGAUUACUAGAGGAUCAAAUAUGUAAGAGAGAACCCCGUGCCGGAAUGAGCUAGUGCUAGUUAAUGAGGAAAGUUGACAUUGCUCCUUUUGUGGAAGCUGAUGCUAGUUUUAAUCUAAUUAUCCUUUUUCGAAUUCUAAUUUUGAGAGAUUACAUACACCUUAUCUAAUUAUCCUAUUUAUGGUGUAAUAAGUAAGUAAGAACUGCUCUUUCUAGCAAUGGGAUCAUAGCUGUUCCUCCAGCAGCUCCACUGUGAUUCAGUCAUGUGUUAGAUAUUCAGAAAUAGUUUUAAUGGUCUUGUUUGAUCUAGUAUUGUACUUUUGUAUAAUGAAUUUACGGGUGCACAGCUGAAACGAGCUUGGGCUAGGUCAGCCACCUUUGCUACAUAGUACAUAGUAGUCUCCUCUCACUUGUCCACUUUGCACUAUCUUUAUCUAUUUGUUCGUCCAUAC